AUGGGAUCUGACCGAGCUGAUGUUCCGUCCACGACAAGGAAGAGGUCCCGCAACGGUUGCUAUACCUGCAGAUUCCGAAAGGUGCGAUGCAAGGCCAGUGUCGAGCCCCAGCAUCAGGGCAAAGAAAAGCCUCUCAAAUGUGAUAAUUGCCACAGACUAGGUUUCCAAUGCAAAUGGGACGCUCCAGCUUCGGGAGAGAAGUACAUCCCGCCGCCUAAAAGGAGACGGGCGGCUAGAGAAAACAGAGAAGCAAUCAAUGAUGGGAGAGCAAUUAAUUCAAGCCAUUCCUUGAUCCAAACACCUGGAGUGCCCAUUGAAGACCAGAGUCACGACGCCACGGAGUUGGUGUGCGAUGCAGAAAAUAAUGAGACGGAUACAGGGUCGAUAGCCACGGAUAUGCACGGAGCAAAUCACUACCAACUCGGCUAUCUUGAUACAUUGGCCACAGCCCCGGAUAUCAGCCUAGAAUAUGAUAUAUUUGACCUCAAUCUUGCUGGCGAGGGCCUGGACUUUGUCCCUCUACCCAACAUUGACCUGAGGUCCCAAACGUACUCAGAACAGGAUCCGGCAAGAGUAGAAUGGUCAGACAUCCUUCAAAUUCCAGAUUUAUCUCGAGCAUCUGGAAAAGCCGCAGGAUCCAACGAUGAUAUCUCAACAGACACUCGUAGUUCGGCGUCACCAUCCGUAACCGAGGACAAUCGUCGUCUAAUUCAGCAUUAUCUUGAUGUGAUGAAAGGUUUCGCCAAAGUCGAGGAUUACUCAAGGAAUACGAAUAACCUAUUUAUUUCGGCCUUUUCGGAGUCACUGUGCUUUCCACCCCUGUUCUACGCGAUUCUUUGCUUCUCCGCUUCGCACUUGGGCAUGGAAGACGAGACGCAUCUUGACCAGGCUAAACGAUACGACCAGCUAGCGAAAGAUUCCUUUGAUGUAUUCGCAAAAGAUCAAAGUGUUCAAACGGAUGGACUUUUAUCGGCACUGUUUGUUCGUGUAAAGACAAUUCAUAUCACCGGAGGCAGCGUUGAAGUGUUCCUAGACCUCAUGACGAAGGCAUCUGAGAUCAUCUCGUCCACAUUAGGCGUGAAAGACGCCAAACAACCCUCUGAUCUUACCAAAAGAAUCAUCAUAAGGCUGGCAAUGCUGGACGCCAGAGCGGCAUACUAUCGACUUGGCGGCGGGCGGCUUGUCAACAGCCUCAAAGACAUACCUGCACUUGCGUUCAUAUUUGACAGCAAGGUUGAGACAGAAAAUUCCCAGAAAGCCAUCAUUGACCUUUUGCGAGGUACCAUUCUUCGCAUGCGAGUUGCGGAGUUGGACGUGCAGCUUCACGAGCAAAUGAGUGCCGAGGUCGUCUCGGCAAGGCCUCUGAGAACGGCGGCCUUCACGUCGCUUUAUGACGAAAUUUACAAAGAAAUUGACAAAUGGGAACAGAAGGCAGGCCAAACGACGUCCAAAGGGCCAAGAAACUUCUUUUGUCAGGAUGAGAUUGUCGACCCUACUAGGUUCAAUUACUACAUCGUUCUGUGCGCUUUACAUUCCGCCCUGUUGUAUCUUUAUAUUGUAUAUCCAUUGCGAUCGGUCGACUUUGAGGCUUCUGUUUCCAAAAUUCUUGAAUCGCAGCUACAACUUCGCCGAGACCCUUCUCGACUCCGGUCACCGUCCUCAAUUCUUCCAAGUUCUUUAUUCUUAGCAGGCUUAUGCACAGCUGACCCGAUUCGCCAGGACUGGGUGCUUCAGCUAUUUAAGUCCUGUGAGCAGUGGAGCACAUACAUUCGGAAGUCCCGAGAUCUACUGGAAGAAAUAUUUAAACUGCGUUCAACAGAGGGACAAGUGGAUAUUUGCGACGUAAUGGACAGGGUUACGGGCAGAUUUGUAAUCUGA